ACAGACACACUCACACACAGUGUGCCUAAGCAAAGAAACGCUCCAGCGCCAAGUCUCUCAGACUCCUGAAGUAGGAGCGACUCAGUAGGAGCUUCUGUAGUUAUCAAAGGAGGAGAGACGCUCCCUCAGGAAUUGACCGCUUGCAUCGACCGGGCAAAAAGGCUCCAGGUUUUUUGGACUGUCUCGUUAUGCAGCGAUUUUGGGAUCUGGAGCUUUUCUGAAGGGAUUCAGCAAUGCCACAGUGAAAGGAACUCUGAACUCACAACGUGUACUGGCUUUCUGCAGUUUGCAUUUGAUAUGCACUGACACGCUGCUUUUUUCAGCGUCUCUUUUUCUGUGGGAAUACACCAGACUGUUAUGUUAGUAACUGCUCUGCGAUUUGGAACAUCCUCUGGAAAGAUACUUGGCUGUUAUUUCAUAAAUUGAGAUUGCAUCCCACUGCUGCGCAUUUUUCUCCAAGUGUUUGGACAUUUUCAGAGAGGUGCACAGAUCCACGGCUGGAAUACCACAGGGCUGCACACAGCGUUUCCUCAGUGUAUGGAUUGUGCGCGCUGGGACCUUGUCAAACCUGAGAGCGUCAGGCGACGUUAAGAGAAGCCACGUUUAUAAAAGCCGUGCGUAAAAAUAACAUUGGCCAAGGCAGCCCUCAUUGCCGGGUGCGUGACAUUUAAAACUCGGUGAAGUACUCUUUUGUGCGACCCUUCUCUCCCGGGACGCUGCGGAUCUAUUCUGCCUCUUUAGAAAACACUUCAUCCCAUGCAGCUCUCGCCUCGGCCGCUGUCAUCCAGUGCAGACAGUUCGUCGUGGCUUCGAGUCCCCGGGGUAACCAUGACAACCGAAAGAAACCCAAAGUGAAUCCAAGGGAGCGGGAAAACACAGUGACCGGGAAAAGAUUUGACUUUAAUCUACGCGAGAAGAACCGGUGUGUAAAACCAGAGGAAUAAUGGGCCUCUCACACACGCUGCUCGUGUACGUGCUGGUGUGCGUCCACCUUGGAGUUUCACAGCAUUUCCUUCGCCUCCGUCCAUCGCCCAGUGAUCACCUCCCAGUGCCCGACCUCAAAGAGGACCCCGACCCGGAGUAUGACCCCCGGGAGCAGGACUUGGUGGAGAGGACUCUGCGGAAAAAGCUCGGCAGUAACUUUGACUCCAACUUCAUGUCGAUAACCUCGCCCAUGGUGAACAUCUCCACGACAGACAUGCAGGGGAAGCUGCCGGGGUCCAUGCCUCCCGAGAUUAAAAACAUUGACCUCACGAGGACCCCCUAUGGAAAGAGGGUUAAAGUGGGCAAGAAAGCCCGUAGGAAAUUUCUGCAGUGGCUGUGGACCUAUACGCACUGCCCAGUGGUGCACACCUGGAAGGAUUUGGGCGUGAGGUUCUGGCCACGUUACAUCAAGGAGGGAAACUGUUUCUCUGAGCGCUCGUGCUCCUUCCCCGAGGGGAUGUCUUGCAAACCCGUCAGGUCAAUCAACAAGAUUUUCCUCCGGUGGUAUUGUCAAGGGUUUCUAAGACAGAAAUACUGUACGUGGAUACAGGUGCAAUACCCAAUCAUCUCAGAGUGCAAGUGUUCGUGCUGAUUCUCUCUAAGGAAGGAGUGGUGGUCGAGGGGGAGUGGACUGGAAAUACGGUUUCUAUUGCACUGUUAACUCUCUACAGAGGUGGGCACCAUAGCAGAUCUAUUUUUUUAUAUAGCAUUUUAAGUGAAAUACCAACAUUGUACAUAUUUAAGAAAAAUGCAGCUAUUUUUUCUAAUUGAACCAGGACCAUAUUUUAUUCUCAACCCUGAAACGUGUUUUUGGGGGGAACACGAGCACUUCAUAAGGAAGAGCUUUUUUUGAUAUUUUUUAUGAGACAUUGAAGAUGCAAUGCAUAUGCUACACUUCUCCAAGAGGUGAACUUUUUUCUUCAACUGAACAUUGAUGCUGACUGUUAUUUCACUGCAAUGCUGCCUAGAGUUUUUGUAUAAUAUUAAUAUCAAUAAUAAUUAAAUUGUAAAAAAAAAAGAAAAGUUGAGGUUAAAGAUAUAUAUUAAGGCGUGAACUCAGCUUUUUUUGGAAUACAUAGUAUUGUAGAAAUAAACAAAUCUGUAUGUUUUAUUUAUUAUUUUAACGAUUGUGAGUAUAGAGCAUAAGGAAAGAGAAUAGCAGAGUAUACCAGAAAAAAUAUGGGAGAUGUCUACUUGAAUAUUUCUAAAAAUAAAAAAAAAUCAAUAAAAUCAAUAAAAAAGUAAAACAUAUCGGUGUACAUGUUAUGUUUACACGUUUUAGCA